AUGUUACUUGCAGUUCUAUUCACCAACAUCGAAGGGAACAUUCUCGUCGAACGCUUCCAUGGAGUUCCUGCAGAGGAGAGGCUUCAUUGGAGAUCUUUCUUGGUAAAACUCGGAGCCGACAAUCUCAGAAGAGCCAAAAGUGAAGAACUUUUUGUUGCUACACACAAAUCCGUCUAUAUUGUGUAUACCAUGUUGGGGGAUGUCUCGAUAUUUAUAGUUGGCAAGGACGAGUACGAUGAACUAACUUUGUCUGAAGUGAUGUGCACGAUAAUAUCAUCGGUGAAGGAUGUUUGCGGCAGGACGCCUACUGAACGUUUGUUCCUAGACAAAUACGGGAAAAUUUGCCUUUGUCUUGAUGAAAUUGUUUGGAAGGGGAUGCUCGAAAAUACAGACAAGACCAGAAUCCGAAACCUAACAAGGUUAAAACCCCCAACUGAUAUCUAA